AUGAGCUCAGAACAGCCGUUAGAUAAUAUUAUAUGCCAACCCAAGGAGCCCGCCACUCAAUCGAUCCAAGAAAACUCAGGUCCAGCGGAUUCACUGGCAUGCGAUUUGGUCGAUGAUGGAAAGAAGUUAUUGUAUCCAAAUGUCUCAAAUAUUUUUCCCUUUAAAACGUGUGAUAGAAUUCUUGAUGAUAUAAGGAUAUCUCCUUGGUUCAUCAGAAGCCUAGGGUCUUCUGUUAUAAAGACUCCAAUGUUGCAGUAUUCACGUGAAAGACAACAAGUAGAACCUUGGCACAUAGUUCACUUGAUUGAUCAAGUCAAUUUGAAAAGUAGGUAUGAAUACGACUCUUUGACAUGCCCUGCUAAAAAUACAAUAUCCGUAAUGUUUGCAAUGCUAGUUGACCCUCAAUUUAUUCCAGAGGACUUUGACAGUAUUACUGAGUUCCCGUACCACUUUUACCAUUUAAAAGUAACGGUUAAGAGGAGAUCACACUUGGAGAAUUUCAACAGGCAUGUAGGAAUAACCCACUAUCACCCAAUAGAACCAGAAGAUUUGCACCCAUUUGAUAAAAGGGAUAUAUUCAUAAUGGAUAAAAAUGAUCCAAGACUAGUAGAUCAAAGCAUAUUCGUAUCUACAGAUACCAAUAAACUACUAAUUGUAGAGAUAAUAAAACCGGAAUUUGAUUCAGAGCAUCUUUCCGAAUUCCAAACGUCAAGAAUAAAGGAGAGAUACGAAAAAGCUUGCAACGAUUUUGAUUUAUUAGAUCCUUCAGACGUUCCCAAUCAAGCAGAAUGUCUGAAAACCUUAUUCAUGAUCUUUAAAAAUCCUUUGCAACGUAAAUCCCCUAGCAGCGAGUUCAAAAUAAUUUCAAAAGAUAGCGUCGCUCUUAACUCCCAAGUAAAUACUGAGUGGUUAACAAACAUCUUUGGCUUCACACUACAGAAAUCUCCUACAGUAGAUAACAUAGAAUCAGGAGAAGAAUUUAAGCCACCAGAUUUAGUGGACUACGUUACUGACUUUAAAAUUAGAGAAAUUAGAGAGUCAUACGUCAGGAAGUCAAUGGAAAUUAUUUUAAUUGGAAAACAAUCCAUGCAACUAGAAGAAAGUGUUGAUAUCGAGAAGAGAACUGUAGCAAAAUGCUUCUCUAACCAACAUCUUGGAAUCAAUCACACUUGGUGGUUUAAUAUGCUAAAUCAUGCUCAUAUUGAGUUUUCUCCGUACGAUAUCAACUACAACUUUAUCAACUUGUCUGUUGCUUUUAAGUAUAGUGAUAAGGACAUCGUUAAGAACUACGAGACACAAAUAUCUCUAGAUCCAGAGAAUAUUGGAUUUUAUUUUGACGCCCUUCAAUAUGUUACUAAUGCUAAAGGUAGCUAUCAAUUGAUUGCAUAUGCGGGAAAACAAGACGUGGUGGGAUAUGAAGAUCUAAACAAUGCUUUACAGGUAUUUGGGUUGGAUCCUACAGAGAUUGACGUUCAUCUUAUCGAUGGUGAUGCAAUGAUUGAGUACUAUAACUCUAACCUUUUGAAAUGUUCUGAAAGCCAGAAAAAGGACUUGAGAAAUGCCUUACGGAUAUUAGGAAAGUACUUGAAAAACCGUAAAAUGCUAUUCCUAGUCGAGUAUGAACCCUAUCAUAGUGUUCAACAAGCUUACUCUCUACUAAAGGUUGACGAAACUGUUGACGAUGAUAUUAUUCAAACUGCCUAUACGAUCAACACUGCAGACGCUCCUGGUUUAAAGAAGGACUUUGACCGCGCUGUAUUUACCAUUGGAAUAGAACGGAGGUCCAUGUUCCUUCUAAAUGUUUUAUUGGAAGAGUGUCCUGAAUUUUCAGAAUAUUACAAUUUUUCAGAUCUUUCUUACGAGGAUGCUUUGAAAAUUAUUGAAAUUGACAUUAACGCCAGUGACGACGUCAUUUUAGAAGUGUUCCAGAAAAAAUGGAAUCAUGGGAUUAUUCCUGAACCGGAUUACUUGUUAAAAUUGAAGAUGGCACUUGAAAAUAUAGGCUAUACCAGAAACAGUAAGCUCAUAAAUCACUUUUUGAGCACGGGGGUUGUUGAUGUAAGCUGUUUACCAUUAGCAACAUGGCCCGCCGGCAUUAAUAAUGUUGGCAAUACCUGUUAUCUUAACUCAUUACUUCAAUUCUUCUUCACAAUCAAGCCAUUAAGGGACUUUAUCCUAACUUAUAACAAUGACUCUGCAAAAUCACUCGAGAACUCUAAAUACUACUCUAAGAGAAGAAUAGGUGGGAGGGAAGUUAGUAAACAAGAAGAAGUAAGAUCAAUUCAGUUCGUUUACCAUCUUCGUGAUCUAUUUCAUGAUAUGAUUCAUACAAACAGCAGAUGCGUUACACCUUCGAAAGAGUUAGUCUAUCUCGCCUUCGCUCCAAGUAACAUUGAAGUUGAAUUUGAAAAUGAAUGUGAAGGCCAAGGAAAUACCGAACUCAUUGAUUUAACAUCUAUAAAUACCGAUGAAUCAACAGGAGCGAAUCAUCUAAAGCAGGACGAGGAUGACGAUAUCAUAAUGUGUCAAACUCCAAUUGCCCUUCCUGAUGAUAGUGAAGAAGCAGUACAGGACGCUUAUAAGAGGCAAGCAUCUGUACAAGUAGCUAAAAUAAGUGCAGAUCAGUUGGAAAACACUCUUGAAAUUGGAAGACAACAAGAUGUUACAGAGUGUAUAGGAAAUGUGUUGGCACAACUCGAGAUUGCUUCGGAGCCUCUAAAUUUGGAAGAUGAUCUCGAGCAAAAUGAUCUAGUCAAACAAUUAUUCUAUGGGAAGAUUAAACAGGAUUUAAUUCCAAAAAACGACCAAACAUCUGUUAGAACGAAGUAUGAGCGAUUUUUAUCAUUGUUAGUCAACGUUGGAGAUCAUCCUAAGGACAUAUAUGAUGCUUUAGAUUUAUACUUCCAAAAUGAUUUCUUGAAUUUAGAAGAAUAUGGUGACGUAAAAAGAGUCAUAUCUAUUUCAGACCUACCAUCUGUGCUUCAAAUUCAAAUACAAAGGGUGUACUACGACAGAGAACGGUUCAUGCCAUUUAAGUCUAUAGAGCCUUUGCCUUUUAACAACAAAUUGUACAUGGAUCGUUACAUGACUACCGAGGAUCCUAAACUAAUUGCAGAAAACAACAGAUGCUCAGCUUUAAAGCAAGAACUUCAAAAACUCAAACAGAGGGAAAGAAAGUUGUUAUCUCAAAAUGAGUUGGGAUUCACUUACAAAAAUUCUCUUUUAGAAACAAAAAAAUUCCUAGAAUCUGAAACCCUAUCAAAGCAUGACAUCGAAACAGAACAGGUGCCUAAGUCAAUAUCUUAUAUCGACGAAUUAAUUAAAAUCAUUGAUGAAGAGAUUAACACUUUGGGAAAGAGGAUUUCUGACUUGGAGGCAGAAAUAUCCCGUUGUUUCCAAGACUUCAAACACAUCGGCUAUUCCCUCUUUGCAGUGUUUAUCCACCGUGGUGAGGCAAGUUACGGCCACUAUUGGGUCUAUAUCAAAGAUCAUACGCGUAAUAAUAUUUGGAGGAAAUAUAAUGAUGAUUCCGUCACUGAAGUACCAGAAUCCGAAGUGUUUAACUUCACAGAGGGUAAUACUGCAACACCAUACUUCUUGGUCUACGUUCGCGAAGGUCAAGAAAAGGAAACCAUUGAACCUUUGAAGAGAAUCAUUCAGCAAGAGGCUUAA